GAUCAUUCCAGCAGUCCGCAUUCAGCACUCGCCGUGUUUGGUUCUGUUUUACGGCGUGUUUCGCACCGUUGAUAGAUCGGCUAAUUGAUUUUCGUUAAUUCCUACAUCUCAUUCUCUUCCUGUGUGCCUUCGAUUCGUACAUAGCUUCCUCGGAUAGAUCUGUGAUAUAACUGAUCUAACGUAACAAAGUUGUGGAAAAAUAGGUUUCAGAGGUUAUCAGAUCAUCGAUCAACAAGUGCUACGAUUGAGACAAAAGACCGCCCGAUGGAGUAACGAGCCGAGUGUGAUUGAUAACAAGCUGCCCAUGUAUGCAUAGCCAUUGUGCGAGGUGACUAUAUUAGUCCCAGUUUAGGCGUGAAGGGUUUCGGGUCACUCGCCAACGGAGAGCAGUUCUUCCGAAAGUAUUAUUACACAUAAUUCGAAUAAGCAAUCAUCAAGAUGCAGCGGAUACGAAAUCAGAUCUCCGCUGGACUAAUGCUGAUAGCAUUCCUAUUAGUAUCAUCCACCAGCAGCAACGAGCUUCCCAAAGAAGUGAAAGAUCUAGACAUCGACAAACUUCGGGAACAGCUCCCCGAAGGACUGAUCCCACCGGAACUGGCGAACAUAACCCUGCCCAACAUGGAAGACAUCCAAAAGAUCAUUAAGGAUAAAUGCUCGCGUGUCGCCGGCAGCGACGCCGCCUACCAACAAGCGGAGCAGUCCGGUCAAAAGCUGAACGACUGUCUCCAAGGGCUGUUCGAUUUCAGUGAUCUGCAGAAUGAAAUCAAAAAGGCCAAGCCUACCGGCGAUUUGGAUACCGUGUUCAACAAGUACUGUCGGAGGCGUUCCACCGCCAUUGAAUGUAUCAACACGUUCUCGAAUGAUGUCGAUGUGUGUCUAGAAGAGGAAGAACGGGAAAGCAAGAAGGUGGUGGUCAACAUUGUGCAAGGACUGCUGAAUUUCGUCUGCCACAAAGAUGGAGAUCAGAUUGCUCUGUUUAUCGCCGAAGAAGGUCCCGAAUGUUUUGAAGAACAGAAACAGCCGUUAAUCGAUUGCUUCAACACCACUAUGAAGGGAUAUCUCGACGAACCAACUCCGAAAGCUUCGGAAGGACUUCCAAAGCUCGUCAUGGGGAAGAGGCAGUGCGAUGACAUGGAUAAACUGAAGGACUGCUUCGUUCGAGUGCUGGAAGAUUGCCGGCAAUCCACUCCUGCUAACCUGGUAGAAUCACUGUUCAAAUUCGUCCGGAGGGAAACCCCAUGUGCGAACUUCACAACGCCACAAUCCUCUCGCCAUAGUACCGGUGAUGUCACUAGAGCAUCGUUCCAUGUGAUCCUGACGACGUGGUUGUUGGCGUUAUUUGCCAAAUUUAUCAUCCCGUGAUUCCAGUUCAAACUCAAAUUCCUAUUUUCAUUGUGAGACAGCGAACGAGCUAUGCGUACCUAUUUCUGUGUAAAUGUUUUUUUUUUAACUUAUGGUAUUGAUUUAGGUAAAUCGCGUAAUUACAUUUUGGACGCUGGUGUUUGCAAAAAAAAAUAAUAAAUUUGCUCUCCUGAUAGCCAAAUUUGUGGAAGGUGGGUGAAAUUACACCUAAUUAAAAUUAGUUUGGGAACAAGUCAACCAUACGAAUAUUUUUAGAAGAGAAAUAAACAUAAUUCUAUGGUA